AUGGCUGUCCACUACAACACCGACACAAGGGAGCCGUACCUGCGCCUGGCAGACCCUUUUUCCAAUAUCAUCAUCACACCCCACCGUCUGAAUCAACUACAGCAAACCAUCGAAGCCAAAGUCCCGCUUCUCAAUGACCCGAGGAUCUACCUCAAUCUCUCCGGCCCUCCAUAUCCCUUUCUCCCCGAGCACGAAGAGGAAUAUGUGAAAAUGAAAUGCGAAGCUGGAGAGCCCGUUCUCAAUGCUCUGCGCGUGGAAUUCGAAACCUUGGUCAAAGAGCAGCAAUUUUUUGACAUCUGUCCCUUCAAUGUGAUCCGUGAAGUUACCGAGCAGGACCCUCAUACCGGACACCCUUUGAAGGAUUUCUUGAUCGGCGAUGUUGGGGUCAAUCGGUAUAUGUUUUAUGAGCAUAAACAUGGCAGUGAGGAACGAGCCCAGGCGCAGCGAUUGAAUGAGGAACUACCUGCUGGGGAUGAGCGGAUUGUUUGGGGAAUAGGCGACUUCCUGGCUCCUUCUCAUCACGGCCGGGGGAUCAUGACGCAGGCAAUACGAACGGUUCUCCACGAUUGGGGGUUGCCGCGUAUGAAUAUCAAGCUCCUCAAGUCUGCUGCUUUUGAGGAGAACAAAGGCAGUGUCAGGGUCUUCGAGAAAAAUAACUUUGAGGUGGUCUGCACGUUAAAAGAUUGGGAGCCAGUCUCUGAGAGCCGAGGUGGAGGAACGAAGUCGCUGGUGCUCGCUACUUGGAAAGGCGUGUAA